AAAGAAAAGACGAUUAAGGUGGGGAAAUGGAGAGAAUUAGCUGCAACAACAACAACAACAACAACAAUGGCAUGAUCAACAUUAGCAAUGCUAAUGCUAAUCAUGUUCAUCAACAACAACAACACCAGCAAAACGUGGUGUCUCCAAUUUCGGUGCCUUGUUAUUCCAGCUACAACUCCCCCUCUCCUUCUCCACCUUCCCACCACUCUUCAUCUUCCACUUCUCCCACCACCACGACUUUUGCUUCUCCUGUUUCCAACAGAGCAGCGGCUGUCAGUAACAAUCAAUCUUCCUCUGAAACUGCAAAUGGUGGUUUUCCUCCGUCUCCUCCUCAUCACCAUCAACAGCAUGUGAUUCUCAGCCCUUGUGCCGCCUGUAAGAUCCUCCGCCGCCGCUGCGUCGACAAGUGCGUUCUGGCUCCUUACUUCCCUCCCACCGAUCCCUUGAAGUUCACCAUUGCCCACCGCGUCUUUGGUGCUAGCAACAUUAUCAAGUUCUUGCAGCAGGAGCUCCCGGAGGCGCAGAGGGCGGACGCAGUGAGCAGCAUGGUGUACGAGGCCAACGCCCGGAUCCGGGACCCGGUGUACGGCUGCGCCGGAGCGAUCUGCCAGCUCCAGAAGCAGAUCGGCGACCUCCAGGCCCAACUAGCUAAGGCCCAGGCCGAGGUCGUGAGCAUGCAGACCCAGCAGGCCAACUUGGUGGCGCUAAUCUACAUGGAGAUGGCCCAGACGACGUCGUCGCUGUCAAAUCAUCAAGAGCAACAACAACAACAACCCAUGAUCUUCACCGACCAAACGGCGUCGUUGUCACACCAGCACCUCCAAUCCAACAGCAGCAUUGACACGGCUUGUUUCCUCGACGAGACCAACUUGGGCGCGUCCUGGGAGCCGCUCUGGACAUGAUCAUGACGAUUAGCUGCCUAAUUAGCCGGAAGUUUGCUGAUUAAUUUUACGCCUAAUUAUUAAUCAGUAUGGUUUCCAAGGCUUUUUAAUGUUAUGAUAAUUUGAUGUGGUGGGCCCCACGAGGAAGAAAAAAUUUAAAGGAAGAGGUGGGGGGAAAAAGAGAAGAAAGAGUACUGGAUCCAUACCGUAUACAGUUUAUAGUGGGAGGAGAAAUAAAUAAUAAGGGAAAUUAAUUUGAAGUAACUUAAUUAUUAUUAUCAUUACAAACAAGAAGGUUAGUUAUGGACUUUGGAAAUGUGUCAGUUUGCAAAUGUUGACUGGGGGACCUUUCUAGAGAAAGGGACAAUUAAUUGUAUGAUAAUGUUUCAUUGUGAGGUAAUAAUUUUAUUAUAGAGGAGG